CGCAGUGCGUUGUGGGACGGUUGGAGGCGUGGCCAGCGCCCAGGACCGUCCACGUCGCCAGUGCGCAGUCACAGUUUGAGGACCCCGGCCCGUCAAGCAGCUCGCUUUCGAGUGAGCUCUUCCUGGGGAGGGAUGUGUAAAGUCCCUGGUUUGGCUUCUACCGCCUCUUCUUCGCAGGACAGCGGGGGUCUCCGUCCUGCGCGUGAUUCUGGAAACCGGGGCCUUGCUCCUCCUUGGGGUGGGGCUUCCUCUUCACUUCCAGACUUAAGCCGAAGCCUGCCGGCCUACUACUUGAGUGCUGAGCUCAAUUCUAGCCACAUUGUCUUCUCCGCAGCCUGCGCUCACUGCCAAGGAGACGAUGGCUUCCUGUGUCCUCCUGCACACUGGACAGAAGAUGCCUCUGAUUGGGCUGGGGACAUGGAAGAGUGAGCCUGGCCAGGCAGUGCCUCGAGAGGAGCUGUUUGUGACAUCCAAGCUGUGGAACACUAAGCACCACCCUGAGGAUGUAGAAGGUGCCCUUCGGAAGACACUGGCUGACCUCCAGUUGGAGUAUCUGGACCUCUAUUUGAUACAUUGGCCUCACGCCUUCGAGCGUGGAGACAAUCCCUUUCCCAAGAAUGCCGAUGGGACCAUGCGAUAUGACUCCAUCCACUAUAAGGACACCUGGAAGGCUCUGGAGGCACUGGUGGCAAAGGGCCUGGUGAAAGCACUGGGCUUGUCCAACUUCAACAGUCGGCAGAUUGAUGAUAUCCUCAGUGUGGCCUCUGUGCGCCCAGCUGUCUUGCAGGUGGAAUGCCAUCCAUACCUGGCCCAGAAUGAGCUCAUUGCCCACUGUCAAGCACGAGGCUUGGAAGUGACUGCAUACAGCCCCUUGGGAUCCUCUGAUCGUGCUUGGCGCCAUCCCAAUGAGCCAGUCCUGCUUGAGGAUCCAGUGGUCUUGGCACUUGCUGAAAAACAUGGCCGGUCUCCAGCUCAGAUCUUGCUCAGAUGGCAGGUUCAGCGGAAAGUAAUCUGCGUCCCCAAAAGUGUCACUCCUUCGCGUAUCCUUCAGAACAUUCAGGUGUUUGAUUUCACCUUUAGCCCCGAGGAGAUGAAGCAAUUAGAUGCUCUGAACAAAAAUUGGCGGUAUAUUGUGCCCAUGAUUACGGCAGAUUUUACACUCCAUUCUCUUGCCUCAGCCUACCAAGUUCUGGGCUACACCAAGCUCUUCUUCAGUGGUCUCAUUCUCUUGAAGUUGGGGAAAAUUAGUAUGACUCAGGUAUAAUGGACAUAACGUGUGGAUGGGAAGAUGGUCCCCAGAGAUGCUGGACACCCUCUGUAUCCCUUUAAUGACCCAUACUGAGGCCAUUGUUUCCCAGCUUCCCUUUCAGCUCCCCUGCUAAGUGUUGCCUGCUACGCCUAAGAAAAUAAAGCCCUUGGAGCAUAU